GCCCUGUUUUUCACUCGACAAUACCUCCCUAAACCAUACCUUAAUUCUUCGUGGAUAUCAGAGACAAUAUACCACUGGAAAGUUGCUGGAAAUCGGCAAACCUCCCGCAGAACCGCCCUUUAUCCUCAACUCUCUGGAAUUUUUGUAAAAAACAGUUCCUAAUUAAACUUAUAUUACGAUGAAGGUGUGGAAAAGAUUAGCAAAAAAAUCCGAGACCCCUGCGAUGCUUCUCGGGGUGGUUUGGGGUGCAGUGAAGUGCCUAUGUCGGUUAUGAGCGGAUUUCCGCAAGUGGACUCGUUGAUAUUUGUGAGGACUAAGUGAAGUUUCAAUUUUAAUCAUCAAUUUUAUCAGAUGAAUUAUUGCAAACAUUGGGGCUUCUUCUAUUAGUGGACUGUCGGAUGAAGCGUUGUUGAUGAGAGGGGGGAAUUAGUGAGUGACUCAACUACUUGAAGAGCCUAUCAUUAUCAUCACGAGAACAUCGAUAGACACCCAGAGAUUAAUAUUGCAGAUUGAUAUGUGGUUUACUCAGGGGUUGAGAGAUUAUUUUGAGGUAGAAUGAGUGUUUUUGGAGAUUUUCAGAGGGUUUGGGUGGAGAGAUUUCCAGACUCUGCACUUCCUGCCGCGUGGGAAGAGGAUGUGAGGGCGAAUUUGAUAAAACACAAGCAAAAGGUUGCAAGCUUGAGGGAAGAACUAGAGAAGGAAAAAUUCUACGUGGAGUACCUGGAAAGACUCCUUGCAGAUGUUGAACAGCACAAAAAGCUCGCGGAGAAGUCUGUGGGCUCUCUACUCGCUCCAAAACCCCCGGAAUCACCAUCCCAUCAGCGACAAUCAGAGAGACAUCCCCUGGAGCCAUCGAAACCUGAGGAAUCUCCCACAGAUUCGACGAUCCCACCUCUACCAGUCCGUCAGGACAUCAGCAAACUACAGGAUAAAUGUGUGUCCGAAUUGAGUUCCUCGUUAUACUCUUCACGACGUCCAAAAUCUGAAAUUCCGAAGAGCCCGGCGAAAAUACUCGCUAAUCCUAGGCGAAAUAGUGAUCCGGAUAUUCCUAGUAAUUAUGUAACUGUUAUCGAGGUUACGGGCAAUUCAAAACGAGAGAAACUUGAGAAUGAUGUUAAGGAGGAGCCGGAGAAGGAUGGACAUGAGAAGUCCACUGAGGAAGCUGAAGACGGUGAUGGUGAAGCCUCCGAAGAAGAGCCUUAUUACGACUCAGUGGCCCUCGACCAAACCGGCGAGUACGUCUACAUUGACGCGCGAAGUCCUCCCCUCAACCCCGACAAACAACCCCGUCGACCCCCCUCCCUCCCCGAUUCACCAGGAAACCGGUCUAACUACGUGAAUAUCGAUUACUUCAUUCAACAUCGCGCUCAAAUUGACUCUGAAGACGAUGAAGCCUCGAACUCAGCACCAGCGAUUCUCCUCCGCGCGCUGUCAACAGACAACGAGACCGGUAGUUCCGACGCCGAGCCCUUGAGUCUCUCCGAGGGAUCCCUUGAAUCGCCGACACCGACAACCCCGCGAAAACCAUCGAAAGACCCGGACAAUCGCGACACCGACCGCCAAUCAAUGGUGAAAUGCAUUGUCAACUCUGUCGUCGAUUCCGAAACGAUUUACGUCGAAUGCCUCAACGUAAUGCUUCAGUAUAUGAAGGCUAUUCGAGCGACCUUGACGACCUCACAACCCGUCAUCUCCGAGGAAGAGUUCCAAACGAUGUUCUACAAAAUUCCGGAACUCCACGCCCUCCACCACAAAUUUCUCGACGAGCUCCGCUCCAAAUUGGAGAAAUGGGACUCGAAGACCUCCAUUGGAGAGCAGUUCAAGGUCAUGGCUUCUAACAUAAACCUCUACGGGGCAUUUUUGCAUAACUAUGCACGAGCAACGGACACGGUGCGCCGGUGCUCCACCAACAGCUCACAAUUCGGCGAUAUCACUCGGGACAUUCGGCUCAAGAGUUCUCCGAAGAGUCCGGGACUGUCCCUAGAGGAUCUUCUGCACAAACCCGUCGCUCGGGUUCAAAAAAAUGCCCUAGUGCUUCAUGACUUGCUGAAACAUACGCCCGUAAGUCACUCGGAUCACGCACCGUUGAGCGAGGCUCUCGCCAUGACACGUAACUUCCUGGACGAGUUCAACAUCAUCCAGACAAAAUCCAUGUUCCCUAGUCACGACCGCGCUCAGAGACGUCUAGUGAAGAACUCGUUCAUCGUGGAGCUUGCAGACGGCCACCGAAAACUCCGUCAUCUCUUCCUCUUCAACGACGUCAUAGCUUGCGCCAAGUACAAGGCAUCGGGACGGGAUAAAUUCACGUUUGAGCUGAAGUGGUACGUACCUGUGAGCGAAGCCCUCGUAACGGAAGAUGGUAUUGAGCCGCGGGAGAAUUCUCCAGCGAAUGUUGUCUCGUUGCGAUCACAAGCGUGCACCGUUAGAGAUCAGAUACUCUGGGAGGAGAGAAACGAUGAGAAGAAAAAUCGCUCCCAGAGAUUCUCGGAGAAAAACAGGAAGAAACUUGCGGAACUUGAGGCUCAGCUAGUGCUCGCCAGUCCAAAUUUGGUGAUGAGAGUGUCGCAGAGGCAAGCGAGAACACAGAAUUGUUACACGUUCUUUUUGUCGAGUGAGUUUGAACGGGGCCAGUGGAUCGAGGCGGUGGAGGCAUUGCAGCAGGGGGGAAUGCCCCCAGGAAGUCUUCCAUUGUCCAUGUAUGAGCUACAAGCGUGGGUAACCGCGUGCAGAACUUAUCUGCAAACGGAUAUGGGCUCUUACUUGAUGCGAUCCGGACGAGAUGAGAGUCUUCUCCUCGGCGAUCUUCAUCUCACGCUUCUAGGACUGAUACCCCCGGGUGUGGAGCGGGUGGGGGAUCUGUUCGUUGUGGUGGAAGUUGAUAGCUAUGGGCACUACUUCAAGAGGGCUAAGAGCAAAAUUGCUAGAGGACAGGCACCAACUUGGGGGGAGACUUUCGUGGUGGAGCUCGAGGGGAGCCAGAACCUCAGGGUUUUGUUGUAUGAGGAGUGCGGAGGGAAGAGCGUGCUGAGGGGUAAGUGCACUCAGAGGCUGAGCAGGAGCUGGCUUCAAGGGGAUGGUGUGGAGAGGGGACUCAAUCUUGGCCCUGCGAGUCUCGAUGUCGGAUUGAAAUUCGUUCCGAGUGAGGUCACCUUGAGGAGGGUACCUAGUGCAAAGCCGCAGGGGCUGUUUGGCGCGAAAAUUCAACAGGUUUGCAAGAGGGAAAAACGAGACGUUCCUUUCAUCAUCACAGCUUGUGUGAGGGAAGUCGAGCGACGCGGGAUGAGUGAAGUUGGCCUUUAUCGGGUUUCGGGAUCGGCUUCGGAUGUCAUGAAACUGAGGAAAUCCUUUGAGAGCAAUUCUUACGAGGCUGAACAACUAUUGAAAGAGGUCGAUGUGCACUCGGUAACUGGAGUUCUCAAGCUCUACCUCCGCGAAAUGCCAGAGGCCCUUUUCACAGACGCUCUCUACCCUGCGUACCUUGAGGCCUUCCAAACUGAUGAGCUCAACAGAGGCCUGGCUCUUCGCAGGGUCCACGAUAAUCUUCCAGGGGUUAAUAAAGCAGUCAUCGAAUUUCUACUCGCACAUCUAAGGAGAGUUAACAAACACGAAGGACAGAAUAAAAUGUCCCUGCACAAUCUUGCCACUGUCUUUGGACCCACUUUACUUAGACCUGGUACCAAUAAUUCAAGGUCAGAUCCAAAGAGCCGUGAUCCACUUGCAGCUGGAACUGUUGAUGUUAUGGCACAAGCCGGUAUUCUCUACUGCUUUCUGCAGAUGAACCGAGAGAAUCAUCAAUCACUUUAAUCUAGUCCAAAUAAUGAUUUUUAAAGGUAGUUUUUAGGUUAGAGUGACUUGGAGCAGCAAAAUCAGUUAUUUUUUAAAUGAAUGGCAUGUUUAAUAAUUUCUUGGGAUUUCCAGGAAACCGGCUGUUGAUGGGGAGUCGACGAUGACUCCAGGGGCUAGCUGAGAAAAUUUUCGAUUCCAAACCCUGGUUGUGAGGCCAUUUUGCCCCACAAUUUCUUUGGAUACAAACGAAAUGCCUUUUUCACGUUAGAACUGGAGUUUGAAAUUUUUUAUGGUCAUUAUCGCAGAAUAUGAAGCUAAAACUAGAUCUUGGAAUCGGAAAUUUUAUUGCCUGGACAGUGGAUUCGUUUUCGAUUCCAUAGCUAUUCCAAAUGGAGAAAUACCCUAAAUAAAGCGAAAAACAAAAUUUUCGCACUCAACAGUUCAGGUGAAAUUGAAGAUUUGAUAAUCUUCACAUUGAACCUGAAAUAUUUCUGUACUUCAAGGCAACAAUUUUAAUCAUUUUAUGAUAAUACACUGCUGAGACUGAUGAGCCAGUACGAUGGGACAAACCUAUGGGACAAAAAAGAGAGAAAAUACGAAGAGAAUGGAAAAUACUGAACAUUUUUAAUGAAUUUUCUAUCAAUUUUUUCAUCCUUCGAGGGUUUUAUAAAAUAUAUAGAUGAAUAUAUGUUUCGUAUUUUUACACGAAAUGAGCUGAGUGCUUUGUAUUUUCAGAAAUUAGAACGUAGGUGCCAAAAAAACCGAAAGCAUAUAUAAUCUUUUAAUGAAAUUGCAUUUUUGAAGAAACUUUACUGCAUUUGUAUUAUCACGGAUUUAUAAUGAACCAAAAUAUUACGAUUAUUACCUGAUGUGGCAGCGGAAUCCCAAAAUGUUGGAAUGCAAAUUCUGGUACAAUUUUUGUGAUGAAUUUUCGAUAAGAGAAGAAAACUUUGAUAAUUAGCUACUCGACCUCAAGAGAGAAGGAAAUCAUUCAACAAAAUUCAACUCAAUUUGCAGCUGUUAUAUCUGAUGUUCCUUAGAAAGCGAAUUUAUAAGUGGGAAAAGUCAUGUUUUGAUAAAUGCGAGGAUGGAAUGGCGUUUCAUAAGAUCUUAAGAAGUCUUAAGACAAACUUAUCCCAGAUGAGAUUGGAUUCGAAUCUGUAUUUCCUGAGGUCAUCGAGAUAUUUUCGAAGAAUCAUAAACUGAACUGUUUCACGCAUCUCAAAAAUGUUGACAAAUCAAUGAAAAAAUUGUUUACCCCUUGUCUACCGCAAAAAAAGCUUGGCUUGCCGUCCACAGAGCUGCGGACGUGUGUAUUAUAUCCUAUACAUAAUAUUCUCACCAUAAACCACCAUUAAGCAAUGAAGAAAUAUAAACAAACAUACUUAUUAAAAUAUACACAAUUUUGUGAGGACGAGUGGUGGAAGAAAAGGAAGAAAAAUUUUCUGUAAAUUUUUUUAUAUCGAGUGCGAAAAAGAUUUUAUGACAAUCGCGUAAGAUUGAUCUUUUUCAUACGAUUGUGCUACCAUUAUUAUUAAUAAAAAAAUAUUGACAGAA